AUGGAAGAGUAUAAUGCUGAUGGAUUUUUACCAAUACAUGAGGCUGCCUUUCGAGGUUAUGUAACAGCUGUUGAACGAUUUAUCGUUCAACAAGUUGAUAAUGAAGAUGACGAAGAUGAGGAAAAUGGUGCAAAACGCGAGAUAAUCCUUUAUGAUCAGCUGGAAUCAAGGAGUAUUGAUGAUUUACGGCUCACACCAUUGAUGGCUGCUACUGUAGGCGGUUCACGCGAUGUUGUUCAAUCUUUAAUAAAACUUGGUGCAAAAGUUACAGCCACCGAUUCUCAGAAUCGUACAAUUGUUGGUAUAGCUAUCAUGAAACAAAAUGUUGAUUUAAUUUUAUAUUUUAAUGAACAAACUUAUGCACCUAGUUUAGAUAUAUGGAAUACGAUUGUAAAAUUAUUUUCUUCACAAACAAAUGACAAUGAAUGUAUAGCAGCUGCGAGAAUAAUUGAACUUUUAACACGCGAGAAAUAUCUGAACGAUUAUUGGCCAUUGUUAGUGAAUUGUGGUGUAAUGAAACAUUUAAUUGACAUGUUAAAUACUUGUACAAUUGAUGAUGUCUUAAUUAGUUGUCUACUAAUAUUGUUGAAUGUAAUUAACAUAUAUCCCGAUGUAAAACAUCGUUUUAUCCAAAACGAUUGUGCCAAAGCGUUUGUUCAAGUAAAAAAACUAUCGAAACAAAUAGUUACAUUAUACGGUCAUGUUUUAAGUCGAUUAUGUGAUCAAUCCGAAUGUAUUCAUGCUCUCGUUCACAAUGAAAUAAUUAAAGAAAUUCAUAAUAUUUUACAUAUGGACAAUAGUUUCGUGUCUCCAAUAUUGAUUUAUCCAUAUUUUGAUUCAUUGAGUAAAAUUGCUCUGGCAAAACGUGAAUAUCAAUUAUUAAUUCAAUAUCAGACACAAAUUGUUCAACGAACCAUUUACUAUUUGGAAAUGUUUGAUCGACAAUUAACAAUUUCAAUAUAUCAUUUUAUACGUGAAUUAGUAAUGAAAAAUGAGGAACAACAAAUCAUAAUUGCAAAAAAUUUAAAUUUAACCGCUUUUCUAUUCAGUUCAUUACAUUCGACACAACACGAUGUACAACGAUCGGCUGUUGAAUGUAUUCAGGCAAUAGUGGAACAAAAUCAUGAAACACAAAUGAUGAUUAUGGAUCAAGGUGGUGUAGAACAGUUGAUGAAUUUAUUGAGAAAAUCAAAUAUACAAAUGUUAAGAAUUGCCAUUAUUUGUACAUUGUGGUCAUUAACGGGAAAUAGUCAUGCUCGACGACGAAAAAUGGCAAUUACGAUUGGUGUUAAAACAUUAGUCGAAUUUUUUAGUUUGAGAUCAACUGAUUAUUUACUUACAAUUGUUGAAGCUAUUGGAGAAUUAGCACGUCUUGUACGAACUAAAUAUAUGCAUUAUCAAUUAGAAAUAGGUCGAAAACAUUGUAUUUCACCAUUUGUUCGAAUGUUAAAAUUUGACAAUGAUUUACUUGUUCUAUCCUGUUUAAGAACAUUACAGAAUCUUUGUUUAACACCAACAUAUAUACCAUGUAGACAAAAUCAAACAAUAUUACGAAAAGCAGAUGGCAUUUCACAAUUAGUUAAUUUAAUAAAAAUGUCGAAAAAUGAAGUGAUACAAGCAGAAGCGACAUUAGGAUUAACUUGUGCCUUAUUUGAUAAUAAAGAAAACAAGGAAAUAUUAGCUAAUUCAAAUAUAACGUUAAUUAUGAACAUUUUACAUCUUAUGUCAUCUAAAAAUGAACUAGCACAAGUGACAGCUGGAAUGGCUUUAGUAACAUUUGUUUAUCAUGAUAUUGGUGUCUAUGAGGAAGUGGCAGAUAUUAGUCAAUUGAAUCAUGAACAUUUUUUAAAAUUAUAUUCAUCUAAGACUAUUGAAACAAGGUUAAAAGCAGCAUUUCAGGAAAUAAUUCUCAUACGUUUAAUUUCAAAUGUUGUUCAUUCAGACUGUAUGGCAAACGCAUUAAUUAUAUUGAUUAAUCAUAUUGUUGAUCCUACAAAAAAUCAUGAAGAAAAAAUUUUAUCAACAGAAUUAUUAGCUCGAAUAGCUCGAUAUCGACCAGGUUUAUGUCAAGCAAUAAUUGCUAUAAAUGGAAUCGAAAUACUUUGUACAUUAUUACAUAGUGAAAAUGAAAUUCUUCAAGCAAAUGCUGCAUUAUGUCUCGGUUGUUUGGCUAAAUUACCCGAAGGACAACGAAAAAUAUUACAACAAUGUCGCUAUAAACCACAACGAAUGGAUAUUAUAAAAUUGUACAAUUGUUUACCAGAUCGUCCUUGGCCAAUAGCUCAAACAUUCCUUCAACAAUGGGAACGUUAUGAACAUCUCAUUUUACCAAUGAUUAAAGUUAAUAAACAUUAA